CCCCCCCUCACUCUUUCAAAGUGUCCCCCCCAAAGACCGCCGAUCUGGCUACCUUGGCAGAUCCCAACGAGUUGUUUUUGCCGGGUGAGAGGCAAAACAAUCUCGCAAUGUCGUCACCCUCGCCAGUCCCCCUCCUCAAGCCGCCCGUACCUGGCAAUCGCAAUGGUCGAGGUCCUCCCAAACUCACUUUGGGAAUUCCCCCAUCGCCCAACGUUCGUCCCGUCACAGGGAAUGGCGUUCCUGCCGCCGUCCCCCCUCCGGAGGUCUCGCAUGUCCCGCAGGUCCCGCAGGUCCCGCAGGUCUCGCAGGUUUCGCAGGCCCCUCAAAUCCCCCAGGUCCCUCAGCUGCAGCGCCCGGCAAAACGCCCGGCGCUUCCUCAACUGCGCCUUGCAACCCCCAUGGGGAGCAGUUCAAAUGUGCCCCAAGCAAAGACCCGACCCGCGCCACCCCCGUUGGCGACUACCGGCCUGAACGAACCCAACGAACACUCGCGAUCCGGCAGCUUCACCCAUUUGGACGGCAAGGCCAGCGGCCCCGCCUCCGCUUCGUCUUCCAACUACUCCGCCCUCUCGUUCGCCAUGGGCCUGCGACAACCCCACGGCAGCACGCCCGAUCCCUCGUCUGCGAUCAGUUCCGUCUAUUCCGACCGGGAGGGGGGUGUGCAGAUGGACCGGGAGACCAGUGUCAACAACCUGAUCCCGGAUUUGGACAAGUUGAGUCUGGAGAAGGGCAGGCCCCUGGAUGUGGAUGAUUUGGAUGAUGAAGGCUGGCUGGCGGCCAGUGAGCAGGGCAAGAUCGUCGAGCUGGGCAGUCUGGGUGAGGGCGCCGGAGGGGCUGUCACCCGGUGCAAGCUGAAGGAGGGGAGAACGGUGUUUGCGUUGAAGAUUAUCACGACAGACCCCAACCCCGAUGUGAAGAAGCAGAUCGUUCGAGAACUCAACUUUAAUAAAGACUGCGCCUCAGAGCACAUCUGUCGCUACUACGGUGCGUUUAUGGACAAGUCGACGGGGACCAUCUCCAUCGCCAUGGAGUUUUGCGAGGGUGGCAGCUUGGACAGCAUUUACAAGGAGGUCAAGAAGCUCGGAGGCCGUACAGGAGAGAAGGUGUUGGGCAAAGUCGCCGAGGGCGUCUUGAACGGAUUGACCUACCUGCACAGCAGGAAGAUCAUCCACCGAGACAUCAAACCUUCGAAUAUUCUUCUCUGCCGCAACGGCCAGGUCAAGCUCUGUGAUUUUGGCGUCAGUGGAGAGUUCGGCACCAAAGGCGAUGCCAAUACGUUCAUCGGCACAUCGUACUACAUGGCCCCUGAACGAAUCACCGGCCAAUCAUACACCAUCACGUCCGACGUGUGGUCCCUCGGUGUGACCCUGCUCGAAGUCGCCCAGCACCGCUUCCCCUUCCCGGCCGAUGGCACCGAAAUGCAGCCUCGCGCCGGCUUGAUCGACCUCUUGACCUAUAUUGUGCGCCAACCGAUCCCCAAGUUGAAAGACGAGCCGGGACACGGCAUUCGGUGGUCCGAGAACUUCAAAUACUUCAUCGAGUGCUGUCUGGAAAAGGAACCCCCACGAAGAGCGACCCCCUGGCGGAUGCUGGAUCAUCCCUGGAUGCUGGACAUGAAAAGCAAAAAGGUCAACAUGGCCAACUUCAGUGCCUGCAUGCAGCGACUGGAUCUCGGCGACGAUUCAUGCGCCUGUCGGACGGAUUGCUCAACCCUUAAUACGAUCGCAUAUAACGGUCUCUCCUUUGAUGCUUACCAUUGGCUGGCCCUUGGUUGA